GCUAGCAGAAAGAAUAUACGGCCCUAUACACAUGUUAUACAUUACAUGGCACGUAUCAUCUUCAAGACAGAUUUAUCCAUUUAAAUUUUAUUAUUUAACUUGUUUUCAUCCAUUGGGAGAAAAAUUGGAUAUUGAAAAUAUCUAGAUUUAAUAUCGAAAUUGUGUGGAAAAACAAGAACGACAUGUCGCGAUGGAUCAGUGCACGGCGAGCUUGAUAGUCGUGGGAGAUGAGAUCUUGCGCGGGCAAAUAGUCGACACGAACACGUCGUACCUGGCGAGAAAUUUAACUGCUGCUGGAGUGAGAUUGGAGAGAGUCACAGUGGUCCCUGAUGUCGUGGACCACAUUGCUAAGGAAAUAAAUAAUGUCUCAAAUCAGCACGCUAUCAUAUUUACGUCCGGCGGUGUUGGCCCGACUCACGACGACGUUACUUACGAAGCUGUAGCAAAAGCUUUCGGACUGAAGCUCGAAUUACAUGAGGAGCUGCUUGAUAUAUACGCUCGCCUGAUACCUGAUAAGCAAGAGAUAAAACGACUUGCCGUUGCGCCCAGUUCUUGCAAAGUUAUUCACGUCAAUGCAACUGAGAAUUUUCCGAUAAUAAGCGUAAAAAAUGUCUACGUAUUACCUGGUUCUCCAAAAUAUUUCGAGCCUGCCGUGGACGCGAUAAUUCCUCGAUUGGAUGGAUGCACACCGCUGAGCCACGAACAUAUAGAUAUCGAAUUAAACGAACUGUCUAUAGUAAACAUCCUAGACAAACAAGCAGAACGCUGGAAGGGCAAAGUGAAGAUCGGCAGCUAUCCUCAAUCAGAACCGCGAUCUUAUACGAGAAUCACCUUGGAAGGAGCUCGGGAGGCAGUUGCAGAGGCGAAGGAGGAAUUUCUGUAUUAUCUGCCGAUGCAAAAAAUUAUGAAUUUGGAAUUCGGAUUCGGCAAAUUUCAAAUGAAUGCCGUUUUGGAGGACAGCAAGAAUGAAGCACAUGUUAAGAAUGCUUUGGACAUAUUAAAUGAAUGCUACGACAAGUACAAAGCGGAUGAAAUUUUUAUUAGCUUCAAUGGCGGCAAGGAUUGCACAGUGGUGUUGCAUUUAGCUGCCGUCAUUGCCAAGUCACGCAACAUCUCGCCCCUGUUGUGCUUGUAUGUGACCGCCGAUUCUUUUCCGGAGAUAGAUGCGUUUGUGGAAUCAGCUGCUCGGUAUUAUGCCUUGAAGAUAAUACGGAAGCCGCGGCCAAUACGAGUCGCGUUGUCCGCGCUACUGGAAGAAAAUUGCAACUUGAAAGCGAGUUUGAUGGGCACGAGGAAAGGCGAUCCGGGUUCGGAAAAUCUGCAACCGUUCACACUCACUGAUCCGGGCUGGCCGCAGUUGAUGCGCGUCAAUCCUAUCUUGAACUGGUCGUACAGUCAAGUGUGGACGUUUCUGUUAACGCACAAUGUCCCCUAUUGCUCGCUCUACGAUCAAGGAUAUACGAGUAUCGGUAGUAGAAGUACCACAACGCGGAAUCCGUUGUUGAAGGACCCCAACAAUCCGUCGUCUUACCUACCGGCGUAUACUUUGAUCGAUAAAUCCGCCGAGAGAGAGGGCAGAGCAUGAUGAAGCGUGAAUUUAGCACAGACAAUUUUUAGAAAUCUAGGUAAUCUCUAAACUUGGAGCCGGCUAGUAUUAUUAUAAUAUAUAUUAAUAUAUACAUCAAUAUAUAUUAAUAUAUUGCCAUUAGUAUAAAUUAUUAGUAAUAAGUACUUCCCGGUGAAUCGAUUUUUACUCCUACGAUACUAUGACAUGGAUGAUUUUAUUCUAUCGCGAUAUGCGCAGUAUUUUUUGAUAUUUUUUAAACUCGAUGAUUGGGCACUGUCCAAGUGUCUUCAGGGUGCAAUAUUGACAAACAAAUAAAUAACUUUUAAG